CAACAACUGUGAUGCAAGUGUUAAAUGUUUAAGUUUUGUUGAAUUUAAAUUAAUGAUAAUGAAUCUACGGGCGUCGCGUGUAAUUUUCAAUCAAAUAAGAUGUUAUUGCUACAAACCGGUGCGUCGCGUGUCACUGCCACCGGCCAGCAAGCUCGCACCAAAGGCGGCGGCCAGCGUCGACAACUUUUCCCUGCAGAAUGAGUUCAAAUCUCGCAUCCUGGCAACGGGACCGAUUCCGGUAGCGGCGUACAUGAAGCAGGUGCUUACGAACCCCGCCGGUGGAUACUACAUGAACGAGGCCGAUGUUUUCGGCAGUAAGGGAGACUUUGUCACGUCGCCGGAGAUUGGCCAGAUUUUCGGCGAAUUGGUGGCCGCAUGGUGUUUGAACGAGUGGACCAAGUUUGGACGUCCGGCGCCGUACCAGCUGAUUGAGCUUGGACCGGGCAAGGGAACGAUGAUGCGGGACGUUCUGCGGGUCUUCAGGAGGCUUGGGGCCAGUGAUGGGCUGUCGGUGCAUUUGGUUGAGAUGAGCGAGCAUUUGAGUGAGGUUCAGGCGGAGUUGCUGUGUCGGAGUAGCGAGGAAUGCGCCGAUAAGGCUUACUAUCGUGCUGGAGUUACGAGGGCGGGGACGAAGGUGUUUUGGUAUCGGCAUUUGGAGGACGUGCCGGCGGGAUUCUCGAUCGUGUUGGCGCAUGAGUUCUUCGAUGCGCUGCCGAUUCACAAGUUUCAGAAGCAGGGCAACGUGUGGAAGGAGGUGCUCGUGGAUGUUGACUCUGACAACAAGGACAAACUUCGCUUCGUGUUGUCCAAAGCGGAAACGCCGAUGCUCAAGCUAGUAUUGAACAACUACCCAGAGUUGGUAAAGGAUCGCGACCAUAUUGAAAUAUCGCUCGAUUCCGAAUCGAUCAUUCGGCAGAUUGCGCAGCGAUUCAACGCGACCGGAGGAUUCGCACUCGUGGUGGACUAUGGCCACACGGGCGAAAAGGGAGACACGUUUCGAGCGUUUAAGAACCACAAACUGCACGACCCGCUGGAAGAACCGGGCAGCGCGGAUUUAACCGCGGACGUGGACUUUUCGCUGCUGAAUCGCUUCUGUGAAAAUACUGGACAGAUUUUCACCAUGGGUCCGAUCGAUCAGGGUUCGUUCUUGGAAAUGGCCGGGGCGAAGGAUCGGUUGGAGGUUUUGCUGGCGAAUGCAAAGAGUGAGGAAGAGAGGCACCGGUUGAGUGAUGGGUACAAUAUGUUGACCGCACGGGAUCAGAUGGGCAGUCGGUUCAAGUUUUUCGCGCUGUUCCCGAAAGAGUUGGAGAGUUUCUUUAAAAGUCGUUCGCAAGCUGAGGGUUAGUUUGGAAAAGUUAGCUUUUAAAUAAAAGUUGAA